AUGGUACAAACAAGACAACAAGUGAAAAGACAAGAAGAACUUGAUAAUUUAAAAACCAACGAAGAAUUUCAAAGACUAACUGGUAUUGAAAUUGCAGAAAUAACUCAUUUACAAAAUCUUGAAUAUAUUGUAUAUCGACCAAAUUCAUUUAUUAUGACUGAAAAAUUAAUCAAUACAAUUUUAUCCAAUAACUUGGAUAAAUUACCAAAGUUUGGUGGUAAAAGUAAUGAAAAUGUCAACAAAUGGUUAACUGAUAUUACAAAUGAAUUGAAUAUAGUUAAACUUAAUGAUGAACAGAAAUUUUCUGUUAUUCAAACAUUUUUAGUAGAUGAUGCUCGUCGUUGGUAUAUUAAUAAUAUGUCUAUGAUCAAUGAUUGGUCCACAUUUUCAAUUCAACUACAAAAAACUUUUUCAUCAAUAUUUCAUCAAGAAUUAGCAUUAAAAAACUCAGUAAUCAUCAACAAGGCUUAG